AUGGUCCAUAUGUUGCCAUCUCACAGAAAGAUAAACGAAGUUCGGGCUCAUGAAAUAGAUUUAGCAGAGGAUGCUGGAUUAUUUUCUAAAGCAACAUUUGAUUUUAUGAGUCUUCAAGCUGGCGGCAGAGUAAAUUUGGGAUACAUCAAGUUAGAUCAGAAGAACUACCUCCGAACAAAACGACAAAAAGCUAUGAGACAAAGGGAAGCAGGAGCGCUAUUAGAAUGCUUUGAGAAGAAGAGAAUUGACGACCCAUCUUUCUUUUCUGCGAUACAGUUGGAUGUUGAUGACAUGAUCACAAAUAUAUUUUGGGUAGAUUCAAAAAUGAUAAUAGACUAUGAGACUUUUGGAGAUGUGCUCUCAUUUGAUACCACUUACCAAAUGAAUAGAGAGCACCGACCCUUGGCUAGUUUCGUUGGAUUGAACAAUCAUAGGAAAAUGGUCGUUUUCGGAGGUGCUUUAAUGUAUGAUGAGACUUCAGAGUCAUUUCAGUGGUUGUUUGAGACAUUUUUCAAAAUGAUGUCCGGAAAAAAAUCAAAAAUAAUUUUUACAGAUCAAGAUGCUGCUAUAAGUAAGGCUAUCUCACUCGUGAUGCCUAAAGUUCAUCACAGGUUGUGCGUCUGGCACAUGGAGCAAAAUGCAACUAAAUAUCUCAAUCAAAUUUAUAAAAGAUACGCUUCCUUUCGUGGUGAUUUUAGAUGA